UAACUUUUAAUUGUCUUCGGCAAUUGCCUAAAAUCGAUGGUAUUUUACGACAAUUUUUGUGGUAAAGUGGUACAUCCUGUUCGAUUGCGGACGGUUUAAUUUUAAAUAUAAGUUUCGACGACAAUAGAUGGAAAGAUUUCAGUUACGCGGAAAGGAAUCGAAUCGGUUGAAGAUUUAAACUGCUACCAGUGUGCUACCGCAUUUCGCAUUGUGAAUUAAGUGACAAAUGUAUAACGAAAUACGGAAAGUGAUCCCGUAACAGAAUGGCUUUUCUACAAAAAGAAAUCUGUAAAUAACCGAAAGUGUGUGACGUCUGUUGUGAAAAUUACAAUAAAAGAAAAAUGAGAAUGCGGAAAGUGGUUAACAAUUUCCGUGACAGUGGCACAUAAAAACGCUGGUAUGCUGACGGAAAAUGCAAACAUUCGAUCCGGAAAGUAGUGAUAGGUGAAAGUGUAAAUAGAAAAUUUAAUUUUUUCGUCAAUCACAUCCACGACAACAGAACCAAAAAAUAUGUCGACAUCAACAUUGGGCCGUGAAGAACGGAAACCCUACUACGAUGCAUACUUGUUGCAGAGACGGGUCCUGCUGGGAUGCACGGCCGCAAUUGGAAUCGGUGUGAUUUUGUGGAUAGUGGCCAUUUCCACAGACCGUUGGUUCGUUGGAUCGGGUGGUCAAGGCAUAUUCAUCCAGGAAACACGUCGAUAUUAUAUAGCAUCACAUGCCGGACUGUGGCGCAUGUGUCGCUAUAGUUCGGUGCCAACACUCCUACCCAAUUCAUCAGCAGCACGAAACUUUACCACCCUCUCCUUGACGAAUGUGACACAGAUCAAUGCUCUCAAAAAGACAAUAGCCGUAGAAGAUCCAUUUAUUUUAGAUAUUAUAAACAACGUCCACUUAUCCGAUCCGAUCACGGACAUCGACAAUGAUUUCCGGCAACUACUGUUUGCCCAUUGGAUAUUGGACCAUGACCAAGACUUUAAAACGCUCAAAGACAAAUACAAAGAACUGGUCGCUUUCCGAGCAAAUGUGGAAAGAGCGUCGAACAGUUUGAUGAUGAUCAAUCCGACGAAUGUGUCCGCGGUGAGAGAAAUUAUCGGAGCGACGUUAUCGACGGUGACAGUGAAUGGUUCACUGAUUAAUGUCAUCGUACCGGAAAACUUACGGAACGCUCUGUUCGCCGAUUGGGAAGAUCAGCCGAAUGUGUUGCCGUUGCUGUGGCAAUACUCAAAAGAUUUGGAAAUACCAAUCUUUAUGGUCAAUUCGAAUGGGACCAGAUAUAUCAUUCAACCGCCACCGCCACCGAAAAAGGGAAAGGUGGCCAAUGGAUACGUGUACAAUCGAUUCGAGAAGUGCAAAUACCACAUUCUCUUCCCAACGGACGAUGACAUCAAAUCCGAUCCGGCCAUAGAUGACGAGAUUUUGGAUUACACUAGAACGGAAGCUUCAUUUGCUUGCAUUUGCCUGUUCGUAAUGGCAAUGGGAUUCGUCUUUUCCAUUUAUACGUUUCUCAAUCCACGGUACAUGUUCAAGCGACUGGCUGGUGGGAUUCAUUUUAUAUCGUCGUCAACUGGUUUUAUUGUCAUUCAAGUGCUGACACAUGCCGUGGAAUACGAGAAAAAUAAAAAUUCGUUCGCAUUUCCGAAAGGUGUCGAUUACACGCACGGCUACGGUUUCUACUUGGCCUGGACAGUGUUUAGCAUCAAUUUUUUCUCUUUUAUCAUGUUUAUGUGGUAUUCGAAGAAAAAGAAGGGGAGCAAAGCGCCAACCGAGGAAAUGGUAAUGGCUGAUGAACCAAUCAAUAUUGGCCGAUAGACGGCCAAUUAUGAAAAAGACAAACACAAUGUGUGUAUGAAUAGUGAGAGAAAGAGAUUUCGCCACAUCAUUUUGCGUGCAAGAACUCGACUUUGCAUUUAGAUAGAAGUUUUGUAAAUUUUAUUGCUCAUCGAUUUCAUACAGCAGAUUAACCAUAUAUACGCAUCAUAACCUCGAAAUCAUAGUAAAAUCAUAAACGACUGAC